UAAAUUAGCCUCACCAUGAAUCCUUAACACAAAUAAACGAUUGGGCUAAUCAUCUCAAUUUGGUACAAGAUAACGGGCUUCUCGGAGUUAAUAGUAUCCAAUCGUAGCCCAUUUCAUCCGACCCGUCCCGUCGGCUUCGAUCAACUUUUUGUUAGGGUUUUAACUUGCAAGUCAAAAAAAUUUAACCAUCUUCACGAAAACCAGAAAGUAGCAUUUGUUCCCCAAAAGUUGCAUGGAUCCUUCAACCUUUAAGUCGUCUCCCGAAUUGCAGCAACUUCUCAAUCAAGAGAAGGAAAGGGCCAUGGUCAAUGAAGUAGUUGCAAAGCUUACAAGUUCCUGCUGGGACAAAUGCGUGACUGGUACUCCCGGAAGCAAGUUCAGCUCCAGUGAAUAUAAUUGUUUAAGUCACUGUGCAAAACGAUACAUGGAGAUGAGCAUGCUCAUAAUGAAACGGGUUCAGUGAAGAAAGAUUAGCUUUAUAAAAAAUAAAAAAAUCUUGUUGCACAGCACAAUACAGUUCAUGUGGUGUUGUUACUGAUGUGUUAUAAAUUCUAAGAGAUGCUCUCAUUUUUAUUUUAUUCACGAGAAAGGCCAUUCAUAUAUACGUCAGUCAGACUGGAUGCAUUGAACAACCUUGCAAAGAAUUUCUGUUGCCUCACACACAAGAAGAAAAUUUUAAACAAAAAAAAAAAAA